CCCCCACACUACGGAUAAAAACACCGGUGGUCUCGGUAACAUCGGUGGUAGUGAAUACGGAGCCCACAUCUCUUCGAGAAUUUGGCUGACGAGGUGAGGGCGUGCACCGAUGCGCUCACUGCGGGUAAAAAAGAAAAGGACACCCCACCUACUCCUGAAUACGUGCUCGCCACCCUUCAGUCUUUCCCUUUCUCGCUUUUGCGUGCACGCACCUAAACACGUCCGCCCCCCUGUCACUACUCUCGUCCCUCUCUGACCCACAGUCAGUCGAACACAUUUAUACACAUGCGGGUGGAAGGCGGAUUCUGAAAUCUCCGUGAAGAUGGUGGUACCGGGGCCGUUUUUUUAAACUGUUCUUGGAUAGUUCACAUAACGCUUUACAGCGGUAUCUAUUGUGCCUCUUCUGGAAAAAAAGACCGGCGAAUGGCCUGACAACGGGGAAUAGAAGAACAUCUCAAAGGGAUAGAGCGGAUCGGACGGGAAGUGCGUUUAAAUAGCUAAACCCGCAAAUCUGCCUUGAAUAAAAUUGAAGUAUUUGGACAGCAGAAAAAGACGCCUGCUUCUUCAUGCAAUUGAGUUGAAGUGGGGGAUCAAGGAGCCGCUUGUCUGUUCAGGGAGGACUCGGUGUCCGGAGGAUACGAGAAGGGGAGAAAGCUUGUAAUUAGCCCAUAUUCCCCACUUGCUAUUCGUCUGCGACUCAAUGGGAAGAAUAGUGGCGUGGGAAAAGUUUCCAUCACACGAGCAAAGGAGGACGGAAAGAGGCUACAUACAACCAAGACUGGCUUCAGCCGUGGUCCUGUAUGGAUGUCAGACAGAAGUUUACUGACAAUUAUAUUGCCGGUCACUCGUGGAAUUAUGGGAGAAACCAGUUAUCAGGAAAUUAAAAUAAAUGUUAUGUUGACUUGACUGUUAUUGUUUGAUUGUAUUAUCAAAACAAUAUUUACUCAACACAGACUCAGCAUGGGCUGGAUCUAAUAAAGUAGGUAUUUGCGCGUGUAGGCCUACACUUGAUCUCCAAUUCAAUUGUAGGUCUACUACAUUUUGCAGUUCUUUGCUCCAUUCUGCCACCUUGCCCGCUUCAAAUUGCCCACUUCUAUCAGCGUGGGUCCCCGGGAAUUGGAGGCGCAGCUUUGGAAAUUCCGAAGAGGGAACUCAGGAAAGGACGGGGCUCCAUCCAUGGAAAUACUUACGAAUAGGCCUUUUCCCAAUCACAGCAAGAGCAUGUGGGUAAAGAAGGAUAAUGGGCAUUAGACGUCACUGUUUGUUUUCUCUUUCUUGUUUAUGGGAAGACAUUUCCGCCUUAAAUAACCCGGCAUAUGUCAAACAAUAGUUCCGUAACUGUGGCUUUUCUUGCGAUGCCUUUACAACGCCGGCGCUUGGGUUUAUUUGGGGAAUACAGGAUCAAGUUCUACACACACUGUUAAGUGUUUACGCGUGAAGUUUGAAAGGAUAAUUUUUCUCAUAUAUCACUGUAAAUUGGAAGCAAUUUCUGAAUGCAUUAUACUCUACUUGCUUAAAAGCAUUAACAUGUAAUAUAUAACAUAUAAGAGAGGACAGGCAGGAGGCUACAGUUCUGUAGACCCGAAUAUAAAUGCAGACGGGAUCUAAAAUCAAUAGAGAAUUAUUUUGACAGUGCAUGGCUAUGCAGGCAGCCAAGUAGUGAGAGCAUGAAGGAAUUUGAUCCAGGUUUCAGUUGUCAUUAUCUGAAGAAUUUGUACCAAUAUACCAGUAGUCUAGAGUCUGCUAUUUAGUCAGGGGAGAGCCUUGGAAAUGCUACUGAAGUGCUACUGAAUACUACUAAAGUAGUAUUACACAACUAAGUUUCUACAGUCAACAUAAUUAUGUUCUGGAAGAUUUUGACUUCUCCCCAAAUCUUUUUCAAUGAGUCAAAAACAGUUGUCAGUACUUGGACAGAAACAGAAUGAACUGUACAGACACAAGUGCGUCAAAACAGAGGGGAAGGUAUAAGAAUGCGAGUAUUGACGUCAUGAGGGGCAAUAAUUAACAGGUCAAAAUCCAGUACAGGCUAACGUGUCAGACUUUUUCUUUGGAGAUGUUUUCUGUUAGUGCAUCAUUUAUUUCCCCCAACUUUUGCUUUUAAUUUACACUUGUUCUAGUCUAGAGGGUACCACUCUCAAUACAUUCAUAGCCUACAUUGCCUUGCAAAUAGCAAUUAGCUCUAUUGUUGUCUAAUUUCUGUUAGGUUAAAAAGCAACAUGGCAUCCCCUCAACAUCAGCAGUUGCUGCCUCACAACACAGAGGUGAGCUGUGACUCAAGCGGCGAGGGCAGCGUCUCCGUGAGGAUCAGCAGUAGUGUCAAACACAAGCACGGAGGAGGAGCCGGGGCGCUGGGUGGCAUGGGAGGAGGCUUCAUGGGGGGCGGGUCCAAACACUGCAAGUACAGCAUCUCCUCUAGCUGCAGCUCAGGAGAGUCCGGGGUUCUCAGGCCCGUGGUUAAGGGGCUGCGAACCCAGAGGAAGAUGCCCCAGCUGUUCGAGAGGUCUGCUGGGCACUUCUGGGACCCAAAGUUUGACUCUCCCAUCCUGGAGGAGGCAUGCAGGGAGAGGUGCUUUCCCCAGACUCAGCGGAGGUUCCGCUAUGUCCUCUUCUACCUGUUCGCCGCCAGCCUCCUCUGGGGGGUGUACUUCAGUGCCAACCCCGACCGGUGUGACCGAACUGCCUUCCUCGUCCCCACCGCCUGCUUCCUCCUCUUCUGCCUCCUCCUCUUCCUGUUGACGUUCACAAGGAUCUACACCCGCUGCUACAACCAGGUGUCACUGCUGCUCAUCGUGGUGACCUUUGCCGUCACCCUGGCACCCCAGAUCCAGACAGCCGGCUUCAGGGACCUGGAGACCCUCCCUCCUGAGGAUGUGGUGGAGGAUGUGGGGGACUUCAGUGGCAUGGAGCCCAGGAAUGUGACAUUCAACCGGGACUUACACACGGGCAGCGCCUGCCUAUCUCCAGUAGGGACCUUCUCCCUAGGCAUGGAAGUGCUGCUGCUACUCUACAGCGUCCUCCAUGUCCGACUCUAUGCCUCGGUGCUACUGGGACUUCUCUACUCUGUGCUCUUUGAGGCUCUGGGAUGGGUUCACCUCACCCAGGCUGCUGGGGAUGGUUGGAGCCAGGCCUCGGAGGGGUCAGACUCUGACUGGGACACUCUACGCUGGCUGGGGCCAGCCAAAGCUUUGCUCCACCUGUGCGCCCACGCCAUCGGCAUCCACCUUUUCAUCAUGUCUGAGGUGCGAUCGCGAAGCACCUUCCUCAAGGUGGGCCAGGCCAUCAUGCACGGCAAGGACCUGGAGGUGGAGAAGGCGCUGAAGGAACGCAUGAUCCACUCUGUGAUGCCUCGGAGGGUGGCUGACGACCUGAUGAAGCAGGGUGACGAGGAAGGCUUGGCGGGCGGGAGCUCGGCUAAGCGCUACUCCAGCAGCGGCGCGGCGGCCGUCAUCUCCAGUCCCAAGAACAACAAGAGGAAUAAGACCUCAAUCCCGAGAGGCCAGAUCAUCUUCAGACCCUUCAACAUGAAGCGCAUGGAGCCCGUCAGCAUCCUCUUCGCGGAUAUCGUAGGCUUCACCAAGAUGUCUGCCAACAAGUCGGCCCACGCUUUGGUGGGGCUCCUCAACGACCUCUUUGGACGUUUUGACCGGCUGUGCGAGCUGACGUGCUGUGAGAAGAUAAGCACCCUCGGGGACUGCUACUACUGCGUGGCAGGCUGCCCUGAACCUCGGGCCGACCAUGCCUACUGCUGCGUAGAGAUGGGGCUGGGCAUGAUCCAAGCCAUCGAACAGUUCUGCCAGGAGAAGAGCGAGAUGGUUAACAUGAGGGUGGGCGUCCACACGGGAACUGUCCUGUGCGGUAUCCUAGGGAUGAAGCGGUUUAAGUUCGACGUGUGGUCCAACGACGUGAACCUGGCCAAUUUGAUGGAGCAACUGGGCGUGGCCGGGAAGGUGCACCUAUCAGAGACCACCGCCAACUUCCUGGAUGACCGGUACCAGCGGGAGAACGGACGGGUCACUGAGAGGGUUGGACAGAGCGUGGUGGCGGACCAGCUGAAAGGAUUGAAGACCUACCUGAUCUCAGGGAGGAAGGUGGAGCCGUGCCACUGUAGCUGUUCCCAGCUGGGCCUGGUUGGCCUGGAGCCUGGGGGGGACACCCACUGUCCCACACCCCAUGCCCACACCCCAGAUGGACCCCCCAGAGCCCCCUCAGCUUGUGGCCUACCCCAGGGAGGGGCUCCCGACAGAGCCAAGUCUCCCUGUCUCUCCUGCAGUGCGGCUGUAGUUCCAAAGGAGGAUCAGGUUCUGGAGAAGGGCACGGUGCAGAACGGUUGCCAUGACGAUCACACGACCAAUAGCAGCAUGGACACCUCAUCUCUCAAAUGUCCCUCCCAGGGCCCCGUAGGCCGAAGCCCUAAGGCCCUGAACGGUCUGCUGAGCCCCAGGCUGGAGGAGCCCCUGACCAACAGCCAAACGUCCCUGUGUGAGAUGCUUCAGGAGAAGGAGAAGAAGUGGGGUGGAGGGGCCAUGGGGAUGGGGAUGGACCACUCUGCUCUCAUCCCCCUGCGCUCCAAGAACUUCAGAGAGAGGAGCGACGCUCACUUUGUGGAUGUUAUCAAAGAGGACAGUCUGAUGAAGGACUACUUUUUCAAGCCUCCCAUCAACAAGCUGAGCCACACCUUCCUGGACAGAACCCUGGAGUCUGCCUACAGGACUAGCUACCAGGAAGAGUCCCGUCUCCAGGUGGAGACCCAGGCGGCGGUACAGACCUUUGCCAGCCCUACCUUCAGCUCUUUCCUGGACAUGGUCCUGUGCUGCUCAGUGUUCCUGGCCCUCUCCCUGGCCUGCCUCCUCCGGCCCCUGCUCUCUCUCCCUGGGGCCCCCCUGCCUGCCCCGGCCCUCACCCUGGUUGCCGUGGCUGCCCUGCUGGAGGCCCUGGCGCUGGUGCUGUCUAUACGGAUGGCCUUCUACCUGGACAGUGUGAUGAGCUGCACUAGGACCCUGCUGAGGGCCAUCUCUGGCUGGGUCCCCCGUCACUUGAUAGGGGCCGUGCUGGUGUCCCUGCCCGCUGUGUCUGUCUUCUCACACGUCACCUGUGACAUGCACCUCUCCAUACAGUUCACCAUGCUCACCUGCUGUGCAGUGAUCAUUGCCAUCAUCCAGUACUGUAACUUCUGCCAGCUGAGCUGCUGGAUGCGCUCGGCCAUGGCCACCGUGGUGGGACUGGUGCUGUUCGCCCUGCUCUUCAGCCCACCCUGCAGUUCUGCCAACAGUAUGUUAUUUUGGUCUGGCGACGCCACCAACAACAGUAACCGCAGCAGUGUUGUACAUGAUCAGUCUGAGCCCACCGCUGACCCCGUGCCCCGCCUCCAGGACCUGCUGGGCCCCGAGGUGGGAGUGGCCUUCUUCCUGCUCCUCCUGCUCGUCUGGUUCCUCAACCGCGAGUUCGAGGUCAGCUACCGCCUCCAUUACCACGGCAACGUGGAGGCCGACCAGCACCGCAUCAAGAUCCAGAACAUGAGGGACCAAGCCGAUUGGUUGCUUAGGAACAUCAUCCCCAUCCACGUGGCAGAGCAGCUCAAAGUGACUCAGAGUUACUCCAAAAACCAUGGUAAUGUUGGCGUGAUUUUUGCCAGUAUCGUUAACUUUAGCGAGUUCUACGAGGAGAGUUACGAGGGCGGCAAGGAGUGCUACCGCGUGCUCAACGAGCUCAUCGGUGACUUCGACGAACUGCUUCGCGAGCCGCCCUUCAACAACAUUGAGAAGAUCAAGACCAUCGGCGCCACGUACAUGGCGGCGGCUGGGCUGAAUGCGCAGCAGUGCGCCGAGGCACCGCACCCUCACGGCCACCUGCGGGCGCUGUUUGACUUCGCCCUGGAGAUGAUGCGCGUGGUGGACGACUUCAACAAGAACAUGCUGGGCUUCAAGUUCAAGUUGCGCAUCGGGUUCAACCACGGCCCUUUGACUGCAGGGGUGAUCGGCACCACUAAGCUGCUCUACGACAUCUGGGGCGACACUGUGAACAUCGCCAGUCGCAUGGACACCACGGGCGUGGAGUGCCGCGUGCAGGUGAGCGAGGAGAGCUACUGCGCCCUCAGUGCCAUGGACUACAACUUUGACUACCGCGGCACAGUCAACGUCAAGGGUAAAGGUCAAAUGAAGACCUUUCUGUUCCCCAAGAGUGCGGACAGCGGCGCCCCCGUGCCCCAGUACCUGCUCUCCGUCUCACCAGAGAUCCGGGUGCAGGUGGACGGGAGUAUCGGGCGCUCGCCAACAGAUGAGCUCUCUAAUAUGGUGCCUAGCUCCAUGGCUGGUGUCCCCAGUACCACCAGUCCCUCGCUCAGCUCUGGGGUGUCCACGGGUCUGCUGCGGCCUGAGAGGGGGGUGGUGGAGGCUGGAGAUAGGCCAGACAGUCGGCAACAAUACUACUGUAGCCCUACUACUACAGAGACCAUCGCAGCCAGACGCUCCUCCUCAUCAUCCUGCCUUGGUCUAGCCUCCCUGCCUAUCACUAGUCAAGCUGGAGCUACAUUGAAAGUCAAAGAACCAAAUCUGUCCAUCACUAAUAAAGGUGAAACUCCUUCAACCAACAUCCAACAACCAAAUCUGCCCGCCACUAGUCUAGCUGGAGCUCUUUUGAUAGUCCAACAACCAAAUCUGUCCAUCACUAAUAAAGGUGAAGCUCCUUCAACCAACAUCCAACAACCAAAUCUGCCCACCACUAGUCUAGCUGGAGCUCCUACAACAAAUGUCCUCCAACAACCAAAACCUGUGGUGCCUGCCUCACCCCAGCUUCUCUCCCCUCAGAAUGCCACAGCAACUGAGUCACGGAAGGAGGUGGAAAAAGAGAAAGAGGAGAAGGACGAUGAUGACAUUAUUGGCGAGCUAACGAAACUCUAAGACUGUUAUGUCUGCGAUAGCUUUUUGCAUUAGCCUUCAGCCCUUUAAGCACGGCCUUUCUUGCAUUCCUGCCAGUUGAAGCUUAUUAUGGAACAGGCAUAUGUGACGAGAAGGCAUACAGGAGGAAACACCUAAAUGGCAGACUGUAAGAAACCAGUUUCUGGUUCCUCUGUUGUCAAUUCUUCUCCAGGUUCGUGCUCAUUAAGGCACACCUUUGUAAAUCUUUUUGCAACUGUAAGCGAAAAUGAGCGUUUCUUAUUGAACAAGUUGAGAUACUACGUUUGUUUUCUUCCGGUUCAUGCCCACUGAACACGACCGAUGUAUCUUGUGGGCACAGUAAGAGGGAAUAAGAAGAUGGGGAAAGUACGAUGGGCACUAUUACUGAACUUAUGUUGCUAUAGAAACCCAGCCUCCUAUGAUCUACUUGAUUCUCACUAACAUCUUUAGUCUUUUUUUGUUCUAUGUUUGGGCUUUUUUUUUGCCUUUUGUUUUUUGAUUAAGUGCCUUUAGCACAAAAUAAUGUGUAGACCAAGCUGAUCUGGACAAGGAAAGAGGAAGAAACAUAAAGGGAAAAGAAAACUGGGAAAGACUUCUACACUACAAAACUGUGAACCUUAUGUACAUUUUAAGGCAAAAGCUUGGUUUCUGUCAGUUUGUUAUAGUUGUCUUUGGUCUGUGUAGCUAUGACAUUGCUUUUAUUACUGUAGUUAAGGAAUUUACAAGAAUCGGAGCAAUAAGGAAUGCCACAGUGAGGAGGGAAUGAUGGGUUAUAAAGGGAAGCAAGAUGGAGUCGUCUUUUCACAGUGAUUCACUUUAAAUUGUCUAAGAAAAGCACAGGCCUCGCACAACGCUCUCAGACAAACCCACAACAAUAUCUACAACAUCAGUCGGAAGGCUUGACUGUGUGCUUGUGUCUGUGCGCUACACUACAGUAAUAACUGCCUUCCACGGCCUCAUGUGGAGAGGUGGCUGUAAGUUGUCAUUCUGCAACUGAUGAAACCGUGGGAAGAAGGUCGGGAGUGUGAUCAAGAAAUAAUGAAAUCCCUCUUGCUGAUGUGGUAUCUUUUCUCCCGGCCCUGGUUAAAAGUAAGGACCUCUGUCUUACCAGCCUCAAGCCGUCAACUAGACCUUGGUAAUAGUAAUUAGGGCUGAAUCCGAACUCCCACUUAAGUCUGUUUUAAGUCGAAGUCUCCCAUUGACAUCAAUGCAUGACUAAGUGAAAAUGUUUAAGUUAGGACUUGACCCUAACUCUUUAACAUAUCAUUAAUUAGCUUCAACUGCACAUUAGCUCUGCAAGUCUAUAAAGCUAACUUUUAGCACCACAGGUUAGUUCAUGUGCCAUAACCUCUUCCUAGUCUUUUACAGGAAUGAAAUCUGUUGUUAGGCUACCGUUGUUGAGGUUUGAAGUGCACCCUUCUAGGUAGGCGUCCUAAUAGGAUGUUUCUAUUGAACGUGCUGGUUUGCUUACAAUACAGUUAACAAUCUGUUAAAAUUGUUACAUGUGCGUCAUGUACAUAUCAUGUGGAAUAGGCAAGAGCACAAACCGAUCCGGGACCAGGCUAAUCUUGAGUAGUCUCUUGUGACGGACCUGAGUUAAGAUGUUGAGUGAUCCAGUUUAACGGAAUGGUAGAUUGGUAUAUUGACCUUCAAAUAGGACUUGAUCUGCUAUCGCCACUCUCCACUCCUGUUACUCUACCGUGCGGCUAUUUAGAAAUACAUGCAAGGGGGAAUGCACCCGAUUCCUCUUGUUACAGCAUUCCUGCCAAAUUAGAUCCUGGAUAAUAAGGGAAGUUUCUAACAUGCGUCAUGUAAGCAACAUAUAAAACAUAUAAACAUGUAAAGUGUGCAUGUUCAGUGCUACAUAUUUUCCUAUUUGUUUUGUGUGUUUGUUUUGUCGAAGUUGAGAUCUCGUUGUUUUCUUUUUAUAUAUGUACUGUAUGCGUUGUUUUAUCAGACCCGUUCUUGGGAGAAUUGAGUAUGGUAAACUGUACAGUGCAUAUCCUCCAACUGCAAGUCUAAUCAUCCCUGUCACUUUCUCUCUGUUUUAGUAAAAGGGCUUAGGUGCUCGGGGGAAAUAACAAAACAAGUAAUGGUACUACUAGGUUUCCAUCCAAUUGGUGACAGAUUUUCAUGUGAAUAUUCUAAAAUCUGCAUAAAGAAAAUGUGCGCAUUUUCCCACCGUUUGGUGUUUUUCACCAAACGGACUUAUUAAAAAAAUAUCAGUGCGUGAUGACACAGUGCACACAAAAUGUACUUUUUCACUUAAGGUUUCACGUACCGAAUAAAAAUCUAAAGUUCAGGGUGUUUCCAUUGCAUUUUCAACUCUACCAAUAGUUUCGUUAUAAAAACACUGUUAGGUAAAAUAGCCUAUUUGCCUACUCUGUUCUUGGUACAUGCGCUCUAGCCAACAGCUCACAGAUACAUUGCAAAUAGGCUAGUCUACAUAAUAAGAUGAUUAUGGAUAAGAGCGAGAAAAUGUGUAUUUUUCAAAUGGCAGUCAAGCAUCGAUCAACAUGUCACCAGAAUCAGACCCUCGAUAUUUAUUGAAAAGGAGCAUCAAGAUCACUGUGCACUUUCAUCACCCUGUGAAGUUCAUCAUAAGUUAGGCCUAUUUCAUCUGUAGCCUAAUAAACUGCUUAUAAUCGCGUGACUCAAGGUUUACUUCGAUAUGAUUAUUAUAUGAAUAUUUACCUUUAAAGGCGUUUCCACUGCCAUUUCUCGCAUAAUUAAUAAAAAAAAUUACCAACACAGAAAGAUCCCACCCCGUCGAACAAACAAAUUAUCUUUUGGCAUUUAUAAAAUUGUACCGAAACUUCCUGUUUCCAUCACAGAUGUUGUGAUUUAUUUGUAAAAUUCUACAGUAUGACUUCACUCACACAAAAACUGGGGAUGGAAACGUCUUAUAUUAUUUGUGACCUCAGACAUACUUUGAAACCUCAAAGGUACAAUAUCAAAGCAUUCUGAAUUAGGAAUAUAACUUGGGAAGUAAAUGUUCAUAGUAAAAGACUCCAAAGCAACAUGUUUUAAUUUAGUAAAAAUGGAGAUACUCAGGAUAUCCCAGCAAGUGCAUCUUUCAACUUUCAGCACUUAAGUUUGUCUUUUGUAGUGCCAUCAUUUGUUUUACUACAGGUUCCUUGUGUGUACUGCAAGAGUUUGCUAGUAGUGCCUUUUCAGUCAUAGGAAAAUCCUCUCUAAAUCAACUCUGAUAUCAUUUAAUUAAGAUUGCCACGUUUUGUUUCUCAAACCUCCUUGAAUACACAUUUUUUUUGCUAUUUUACAUGUGUACAUAUUUUUCUCAUCCAAGUUCUUUUAACUUUUUAUAUGAAUUUGACAUGUGCCUUUUCUACUACAUAACCUGCUGAGCAAUUGUUUCCAACAUUUAGUAUCAUUGAUAUGAGUGUGAAACUCAAUAUUGCAGUUCAUUGUCACUUUUUGGUACACAGCUGCCACUUAUUUGUUCUGAUGUGGAUUUAAAAACAGGGAAUAACAAAAAUGUAGUUUUGUUUUGUUUGACUGCAUAUUGUUGUACUGUGUAGAAUUGCUUGAAUGGGGUUAGGCCCAUUUUAAGUGCAUUAAUCUACAAACGGGAUUGUUUUCAAAUUGUCAAAUGUAUUCUUGACGAUUAUGAGCGUGCAACCCUUGUUGUAACCGACCCAAAUUCCACUGAUUACAAUAAAGGGACAUAUUGGAAACAAUCAGUUUAAAUAAUAAACUUCAUACAGUGUUAUGUUGCUAAAUGUCCCAAGGAAGGGGAAACUGCACAAUUGAGGUCUGGACACAUGAAAGGAAGAUAAAACCCAGAUAUUAGCUACAGCUUAUCUUAUUGCUUUUGAGAAACUCUGCUUAUCAACCUAUGGAUUCCUGGUGUUUUAUCGUGUUGAUGCUGGAUAAGUAGCGUUCUUUCGAAAGCGAAGGGAAAUAAAUUGUUGAAUUUAAGGCUAACUCUUAUAGAGGUAUUGGAGCUCAAAUCUUAUUCCCAAUUCAGUCCGAACCGUACUGUGAUGAUGGCUCUAUUUUCAUUUCACACUGCAAGUGUGUUGAAUGUGUUACCGGACCAGCUCAGUACAGCUCUGUUGGGCUCAGUAGUGUGAAAAAGGUUAUUGGGUUCCCUACUUCAAAAAAAGCUUAGUACAAACAACUUGCCUUCACUGCAAAAAGGACUUCAUGGAUUGACAAGGGGAUUGAAACAUUGUGAACUAACAGAAUGGGACUAGUUUUGAUGCCAAAUAGACAUGUGAUUGAUUUGAUGUAUGUUUGGCCUUAUUUCCCCCUCUUUAAUUUGCUCUGACUUGUCGUGCACAUUGAUGACGGGUUGUUUCUAUACUCACUAGUACUAUAUGUAUGCAGUAUGUAUACAUUUUGCACAAAGCACUCACUCUGUAUGUACAUAUGCAUUUUAUAUUUUGUAUUAUUUAUACAGGUGCCAUUGUUGAAGGGUUGAGGAAUACAUGGAAGGUUAGAUACACGUUCUAACGUGUAUCUAACGUGUAUCUAUUACAAUUAUGUCCAAAUGUCAUGUUUGCCUGCAUGUAUAGUAUGUGUAACUGUAUGAUUGUGGGAGAGGGAUGCUCUAAACCCAGUAGGCAUAGGAUUGUGUGCUGCCUGAACUUGUCCACUUCUUUCCACCUCAGUAUGUCAGUCAAUUUACAUUUUAGUAAUUUAGCAGACACACUGUUCCAGAGCAACUUACAGUAGUGAGUGCAUACAUUUUUUCCGUACUGGUCCCCCGUGGGAAUCGAACACACAGCUUGGCAUUGCAAGCAUCAUGCUCUACCAAUUGAGCCACAUGGGACACUGACAAGGACCUAUAAGGACUUUUUCCUGCCACCAUUACUUCUAUAUAGGUCUAGGUGACAGAUCUCUCCUUCCUAAGGGAUCCCAUGGUAUUCCCCCAUGAGUAGCCUGGUCGGUUUCAGAUUGGUUUGUGCUGUUGGCAGCUCCUAUGGUCAAUGUAACAGCAAACAAUGAACAUAGGAGCUGACGAGACGGUGCAAACAGAUCUGGUACCAGGCUACAUCGUCAACACCCUGCAAGGUAAAAUCACACUGCUAGAUAUCUGUUAAAGUUUUCAGACCCUGUUUCAUAUAAGCCUACUGUACAGUUGUGGCUGGUAGAUCUUUGGCCUCCCUCCCACUGUAUUUUAUAUAGCCUAUAGCGCGCUGCAUUUUUGGAGGGGUCUGCAAAUGAAGGUAAAAAAAAAAAGAAUAAAGUGAUUCUUUUCUGA